GCGCACUGCCCCGGGCAGGCAGCGGGCAGCCCGUCCUGGACUCUGCGGCCCGGCUCCCUGGCUUCUCUGCGCGCUCUCACUCCUUCGCUGUUCCAGACCCCCUCCCUGGCUGCAGCGUAAUCGCCCCCUCCGGGCCCCCCUCUGUUCCCCCCUCGGCGCCUGGCUCCCCCCGGGGCAACUGGGACCCGCACAUGCCCAGCGCACGCGGCGUGCCGCCCUGCUAGAAGUUGCGGCCCCGGAGUUGGAGGCCGCCGAGGACUGAGCCAGGAGGAAGGAGGCAGUGCGCGGCGGCGGCGGGCAAGGAGGCACAGCGCACCCCGGGCGGGCCGAGAAAGUGAAGCCGCAACUUGGCCGCGACUGCACCUGUUUGAACAGCUCCGCCGAGGGCGACUGGGCUGCGGCGGCGGCGGCGACCCUAGCCGUCGGCCUCUUUGGCAAGUGGUUUGUGCACGAGGAGAAACUUUCCACCUGCAAGUGGAGCCGGCACUGAGUGCGUGUGAUUUUGCUGCUUUUUGUUGUCGUUACCUCCACCCUCCCGUUCUUUUCUGUGCUAGGCAAACCCCCACCCCCGCGUCUUGCUCGGUUUGAGCCACUGUCCAUCUCACCCCCACCGGCCGUCUAUGCUCCAGGCCCUUUCCCCGCGGUGCCGGUGAACCCGCGAGCCGCCCCGAUGUACAGCAUGAUGAUGGAAACCGACCUGCACUCGCCCGGCGGCGCCCAGGCCCCAACGAACCUCUCAGGCCCGGCCGGGACAGGCGGCGGGGGCGGAGGCGGCGGCGGGGGCGGCGGCGGGGGCGCCAAGGCCAACCAGGACCGGGUCAAGCGGCCCAUGAACGCCUUCAUGGUGUGGUCCCGCGGGCAGCGGCGCAAAAUGGCCCAGGAGAAUCCCAAAAUGCACAACUCGGAGAUCAGCAAGCGCCUGGGGGCCGAGUGGAAGGUCAUGUCCGAGGCCGAGAAGCGGCCGUUCAUCGACGAGGCCAAGCGGCUCCGCGCGCUGCACAUGAAGGAGCACCCGGAUUACAAGUAUCGGCCGCGCCGCAAGACCAAGACGCUGCUCAAGAAGGACAAGUACUCGCUAGCCGGGGGGCUGCUGGCGGCCGGCGCUGGCGGCGGCGGUGCGGCGGUGGCCAUGGGCGUGGGUGUGGGCGUGGGCGCUGCGGCGGUGGGCCAGCGCCUGGAGAGUCCGGGCGGCGCGGCGGGCGGCGGCUACGCGCACGUCAACGGCUGGGCCAACGGCGCCUACCCUGGCUCUGUGGCGGCGGCGGCCGCGGCCGCGGCCAUGAUGCAGGAGGCGCAGCUGGCCUACGGGCAGCACCCCGGCGCGGGCGGCGCGCACCCGCACGCGCACCCCGCGCACCCGCACCCGCACCACCCGCACGCGCACCCGCACAACCCGCAGCCCAUGCACCGCUACGACAUGGGCGCGCUGCAGUACAGUCCCAUCUCCAACUCGCAGGGCUACAUGAGCGCUUCGCCUUCGGGCUACGGCGGCCUUCCUUACGGCGCCGCCGCCGCCGCCGCCGCUGCUGCGGGCGGCGCGCACCAGAACUCGGCGGUGGCGGCGGCGGCGGCCGCCGCGGCAGCGUCGUCGGGUGCCCUGGGUGCGCUCGGCUCGCUGGUCAAGUCGGAGCCGAGCGGCAGCCCGCCGGCCCCAGCACACUCGCGGGCACCUUGUCCUGGGGACCUGCGGGAGAUGAUCAGCAUGUACUUGCCAGCCGGCGAGGGUGGCGACCCGGCGGCGGCCGCGGCGGCCGCGGCGCAGAGCCGGCUGCACUCGCUGCCGCAGCACUACCAGGGCGCGGGUGCAGGCGUCAAUGGCACGGUGCCCCUGACGCACAUCUAGCGCCGCCGGGAUGCCCGGGACAGAGGCUCGCUACAGGCGACCCGGCUACGACGAGCGCGCGGCCAGCUCUCGCGCUGUCGCCCCGGUCCAGCGCGGCCUUGCUUUUGUACAGACGUUUCCACAUUCUUGUAAAAAUGAAAACACUGGAGAGGAACACCAGGUGAUACAUGCCCCUCACUCACCUUUCCAGGAGCUCCUGGGGACCACGAGACGCUGACACACGUCUUGCAUUUUAGACCGAACUUUGGUGUUUUCUCGGGAGUUUUUGUACAGUAUUUAUCAUCCACGGAGGAGGCAGAAAGUGUUUUCUCUGCUCGAGGGGACAAAAAAGACAAAACCAAGCGAGAGGCGAUGCCAACUUUUGUAUCCAGGCCGGCGCCCCAACUUUCCUCCCUGCAUCGCUUCCUGAUGCUUGACUGCCCGAGGCCAAGUGACCGAGAGUUGUUCUCACUUGUUACAAAUGUAGUAAGGCAGAUCCAAACAUUUACAAGUUUUUUGUAGUUGUUACGGCUCCUUUGGGUUGGUUUGUUAAUUUAUACAAAGAGAUCCCCCUUCAGAUGGCGGAGUUAUAUUCUGGGUUUUGUAAAACUUUCUGUAUCUGAGCAUUUCCAUUUUUUUGGUUUUGUAUUAUUUCUUGUAAAUGCAUUGUGAAAUUUUUAUUUAGGCGUUGCAGUGUGGAAAGGAGGAAUCAGAUCAUGUACAUAGUUUCCUAAAAGCUUUUCUUCUAAAACUGAAAAAAGAUUCCCCUAAAAAAAAAAAUGCUUUGAGUUUUGAGUCAAUCAAUACAUUUAAAAGAGAAAAGGCUGUUUUUUUCCCAUAAAAUUGAAACGUGCUAAUUUUAUAUGCAUGUUUUAAGAGUUCAAAAUACAAUAACUAAUCUGUUGGAGGAGAAAAAUUAUCAGCAGGAAUUAAGAAUGAGAGAACCCCAGGAAGCAGAGGGUAGGAUGUUCACGAGCUUUAUUCCAUGGAAGGAGAGAAAGUUAAAGUCAAUAGAGGAUUUUGUUGAGUUGAGGCAUUAGUAGGGAAGAUAAAUAAUUCCCUUUAUGGUCUAGCUCUUUUACUGUCAUGGCUCAGACAAACUGCAUGUACUUGCUGAGAAUUCUGCCGUUCUACCUGGCAGGGCAUCUGCAGGACAGUUUGGUAUGAUGGAGGAAGGAGAAAGGGAAGACCCCAAUGUGGAGAGCUGGCCAAUGGUGGGGGAAAGGGGCCUGGCAAGGGCUUGGCACCCGCAACUACCCUGCAAUUGGGAUUGCAAAUGGAAUUUAUCUGAAUUUGAUUCAGAGAAGCACUACCGUUUAAGGCUGAACCAAAACACACUACCCCUGAGCCCAGGCUCCAUCCCCAGCCCCUCCCGCCUUAGCUUGUCCCUCCUUGGGAAAAGGCAAAAUGAUUUGAUGGAUUUUCACUUGCACACAAAUGGAACACCCCCUCCCCUUGAGAAGGGGAUGCAAGUUGCCAACUGAUGUGAAGGCUUUUGCCGUGUUUAUUCCUGACAAGAUCUUGAGGUUGUUUGAUGCUUUAAAAAUUUUAAUUAUAUUUUUUUUCUAGGUGUUUAUUGGUACAUUGCAGUUUUUUUCUGGAAUUUAAAGUUUUCUGUAAAACUUUUGUCUUCAAGUAAUCUGACAGCAUUAAAUAUUGCAUUUAAAAGUUAUGCUGUAACAAAUAUGUUUUGAAAUUAAUCAUAAUAGUAAGAUGAAAAUCUAUUUUUGGAAAAAAAAAACACCUUUAAGUCCAAAUGAGAAAUAUGCUAAUUUCAGCAGCUUUAGGCUACUCCCUUAUUUUUUUCCUCCACGUCUUUUCUUGUCUUGGAAUGAGUAUGCUCUAUCCAUUCAGAAGUGGGCCUGUGCUAUCAGUUUAGUGAGAAUUGGAUUCAGCCUGCAUUGGAGAAUAGCUUUAAGUAUGAUGCUAAUCUGACAAUUGACAUGUGUAAUUUUUUGAGUCAUUUUGAUAGUUUUGCUUAAAUCACACAUUCGUUAAAGAUGAUUGCAAAAGAAUUCAAGAACAAUGUCCACUGCUUUCUAACAAGAUAAUAAAAGUCCCCCCUUUUUUUCCUUUCUUCAAUUUUUUUUUCCUCUUAAGGAUUUAUCUUUUGUGAAACAGUCAUUCUAAAAGUGUUUGUGGGCUA